AUGCCCCCCCCUGUGCUUCUCGACCAUGCUAGGACGGCCGGGGACAAAGCUGCCUGGGCUGGGUCUCGGGGAGACGGGGACGACACCGUCGGGAUCCUCGAGGGCGAUGCCAUUGAUCGCCGUUUCCCAAUGCUCACAUUCAAACCUGCGCUACUCUGCACAAGCACGGGGCAACCGGCGAGGUGCCGGUUCAUCGGAGAUGAUUUUGCCAUGGUGUUUCUUCUUCGUGCCCAACGAGGCCUCACCACUCUCCCCAGCGCCAUCACUGUGCCCAGUAAUUGCUUUUUCGAGUGA